AUGACCAUAUAUAAUCUUUACAUUUUCGAUCGACACUGCCAAUGCAUUUACUUUCAAAAAUGGACUCAUAAUAAUAAAACAUCUAAUAAUACAAAUUUUUCUUCGUCUAAUAGUAAUGCAAAUAGUCAGCUUGGUCAUUCUGGCCACCGUUUAGGUGGUUUAACUACUUCAUCUUCUCGAUUUUCUAUGUCCAGUGCAACUUCUUCCCUUACUGAUCAUAAUUCAACAAAUAAUUUGACGCGUAAUGGUGAAGACAAUAGUCAGCUUCAAACUAGUAUUACACAGCAAAGUGGUUUAGCUGCUGGUAGUGUUAUUUCUAUUGAAGAGGAAGCUAAAUUAGUUUAUGGUGUUAUUUUAUCUUUACGUAAUUUUGUUCGCAAAUUAAGUGGAAGUCAAGACGGAUUUAUUUCUUAUAAAACUUCAACCUAUCGUUUACAUUAUUACGAGACACCAACAGGUCUUAAAUUUGUUAUGAAUUCUGACCCAAAUACAGAAAAUUUAAGAAUUGUUCUCAAACAAAUCUAUAUUCAACUUUAUGUUGAAUUUGUAGUUAAAAAUGGUUUAAUGCGAUUCACCGAUACCCGUUGGGAAGUUAGUCAGGGAUUUUUACAGAAUGCUCAAUCAACAACAAACACACAAGAUGAAAUUACAACAAAUACUACACAUACUUCUUCAAGUACUUCACCCUCACCACCUGGCAAUAUCUCUAAUGAAUUAUUUAGAAUUGCUGUAGACCGUUUUAUUCGUAGUUUAAGAUCAUUUGAAUAA